AUAAUACCGAAAAGAAUAUAAAGAUCUCCUCUCAGUCGCCCCUGUGAAUUACAGUAUAACUACCUAGCACGUCGCCAGUUCCAGUCCUGAAUGGUCUCUCUCGCGAUUUACUCCCGGCCAUUUCUUGCAGGCUGGGGCCACUCUUCACUCUUCCCUUGCAUGACUUUCUAGGUUUCCAUCGUUGGUCCUCUGAGCCGCGGCGCACAACUCUCUUUCAUCACCAUGAAUUUAUCUCUCAUUGAUCCCUUUGUCCUCGCUCAGGACUACCCCGACACGUUAUCGGAAAAGCUCAGAAGCGGCCAUGCGACGUGUCUCCGAUUCAACCGCAAAGGAGAUUAUUUGGCGUCCGGUCGGGUGGAUGGGACAGUCGUGAUCUUCGAUGUGGAAACAAACGGGGUGGCGCGUAAGCUACGCGGCCAUACCAGACAGAUCCAAUCGCUGAGUUGGUCGAGAGACGGCAGAUAUCUUCUCAGCUCCUCUCAGGACUGGAAAUGUAUCUUGUGGGACCUGAAAGACGGUUCCCGGGUUCGCACCGUCCGCUUUGAAGCGCCUGUAUAUAUCGCUGAAUUACAUCCUUACAACCAUUUGCUCUUUGUAGCCUCUCUGUUCGAAGAUCAGCCCGUUCUCGUUGACAUUUCCUCCUCCAAACCUGUCAAGCGCAUUCUCCCUUCUGCUCCUUUCCGCCCGCCUCCCGCCAAAGGGGAGGAGCUCGACGCCGCCGCCGCUGCUAAGCAAGCAGCGCAAGAUGCAAAGCACUCGACAUGCGUGACCAUUUUCACCGCCUUUGGCAAUCACAUCAUAGCAGGCACGUCCAAGGGUUGGAUAAACAUCAUCGAAACCCAGACGUGUACCACUAUCCACUCUACCCGUCUGUGCAAUGGAGUAGUGAUCCUACUUCGUCUGGCAAACAACGGCCGGGAUCUAUUGGUGAACAGCUCCGAUCGCGUUAUACGCACGAUUCUCAUGCCGGACCUCUCGCAGCUCGGCAUCGACCUGGAACCCAGCAACAUCAAACUCCAUGUGGAGCACAAGUUUCAGGAUGUAGUCAAUCGACUGAGCUGGAAUCACGUUACUUUCUCUUCAACCGGAGAAUUUGUAACAGCAUCCACGUUCAUGAACCCCGACAUCUACGUAUGGGAACGGAGUCACGGGUCCUUGGUCAAGAUCCUAGAAGGUCCUCGGGAGGAGCUGGGGAUGGUAGAGUGGCAUCCUAGUCGCCCGAUGGUCGUAGCUUGUGGUCUCGAGUCCGGUUGCAUCUAUACUUGGUCAAUAGUGACACCUCAGAAAUGGUCAGCGCUGGCGCCCGAUUUCGGUGAGGUUGAAGAGAAUGUGGAGUAUCUCGAACGCGAAGACGAGUUCGACAUACACCCGGCAGAGGAAAUCCACCAACGCCGUCUUGAUCAGGAAGACGAAGUGCCUGAUGUGCUCACUAUUGAACCUCUCAAGAACGGCGCAGAUGAAGAGGAAAUAACGUCAUUCCGGAUGCCUGUCCUGCUCGACAUCUCCGAUAGCGAAAGCGAGGAAGAAAUUGUAGCUGUCGGUCCGGGCACAAUGAGGCGGCGCAGCCCCGGUGCAGGUCGGGAGUGGAUGAACACGAUUAGUGAAGGAGAGAAGGAAAGCACGGCCAGCGGUAAAAAUGGUACCGCACGGGGCCAGAAGGGCCGGCGGCGCUGAUCUAUCCGACCUGCGCGCAAAUCCCCACGCGCCGCAGUGCAUGGCAUUGACCCGCAUGUCACUAUGAUCUCUGUAUUCCCGAACAAAAUAUUUCAGCUAAGUUCUUUUUCAAAGGUUGUUGGGCGUUUGGCGAAGAAUGAAGGAUCUGGCGUUCGAUAAUACGUACGGUGUUGGUUGAAAGGAGUCUCGGAAUUGGGAGAAGAUUCAAGAGGUGUCCUCACGGCGGCAUGGGUCCAUAUCCGGGUGCUAUUUUUCGUCACUUUCAUUUAAUUUGGAUAGUUCUCCUGGCAAUCAAAAUC